AUGGUGGUUGAGCUCCCUGGAGUCCUGCAGAAGUGCAUCUUUGAUGAGGUUCAGGCUCAGAGCACCCGCCACCCUCUAAGCAACAAAACCAAUGGUGGAGGAUGGAGGACAGUGAAGCCCCCUCCUGCCUCUCCACAGCCAAUCAGGAUCCACACCUGGAUUCCAAGAGAGAACGACAACCUAUCAGACGCAGAGAAAGACAGACUGAAGUCAGCAGUGGCCGAGGCUGUGAGGGUGGUGUCUUCUUUACUAUCAGUGAACAGAGUACUGGGUCCUCUGCUGCUCAGCAGAGACGUCAACAAAUACUGCAAGUUUAUCUGGAGCAAUUCAAGAAACACCAACUACAACAGGUGUGGUCGAGCCAACAACAACUACAGGAGUGAGACCUGUCUGGAUGUGACGAUCCCAGAUGAUCACCUGGUUGGAUGUGACAUUUACCCAGAGCCAGAUUCACCUCGUAGGACUGUUCUCAGACCUGAAGGUGCUGGACUCCCUGACACUGACUUCCUGCUGUACCUCCACACACAGUCCACUGACAAGUGCAGAGCAGAGCCUGAUGUGUUUGCCUACGCUGUCCACUGCCAGACAGACACCCAUGGGCGACCUGUGGCUGGGGUGGUGGUCAUCUGCAGACUGACAGAAUCCACGUACAACCACCAGGCUACAGUACAGACUGUGAUCCAUGAGCUGUUUCAUGCACUUGGUUUCUCUAAAGAUCUCUUCCACACCUGGAGAGAUUGUUCCUCCUCUUCUCAAGUGGGUGCUGGAUGUUCACCUCGGGGGAAAGUGAUUCACUCUGAUGGAUCGGGCCAGAUGAGGAUUUACACCCCGUCUGUCAUCUCAGCUCUGCAGAGGCACUUGGCAUCAACUGACCCUGAGCUCGGAGGGCCGCUGGAGAACCUGGAUGUACAUCCAGGUAGAGUGUCCUCUCACUGGGAGUCCCGGGUCCUGCGGGGGUCCAUCAUGGCAGCGGUGCUGGAGGACUCCACCACAGUCCGGAUCGACCCAAUCACUUUAGCUGCGUUACAAGACACAGGCUGGUACACUGUCAACCUGAGCCGGGCACAGAGUCUGGUCUGGGGUGACGGUGAAGGAGCCAUGUUUGGCUCCCUGUCAACCUGCCAAGACAACUCCUCAUUCUUUUUCUGCACUGGCAGUGGAGUUGGGUGUCAUUUUCUUCACCUCCACAAGGGGGAGUGCCAGACUGAUCCAUACCUGGAGGGAUGUGGUGUGUUCAAACCCCUCAAAAAUGCAAGUGAAUGCUGGAAAAAGGACAACACCAGGCAGACAGCUGGAGACGAUUGGAGUGGGGAGAUUUUGGGCCUCGACAGCCGUUGCUUCUUCUCCAACCUGACCACACAGUCUCUUGUGUCUAGCAGCUCUGUGGAGGGUCGCUGUUACAGACACAGGUGUACUGGACCAAACAGGUACCAAAUCCAGGUGUAUGGCUCUGAGUGGGUGGACUGUCCAUCAGGGGACACAGUUCAGAUAAAAGGAUACCAGGGUUUAGUUUUCUGCCCUGACAGGAGGUUAUGCCUGUACCCUGACAUUAACCCUCCCUCAGAUGAUGUUAAUACAUUUCCCUCUUCUCACACAAGGCAAGUAUGA